AAAAUUAAAACAAUUUUUUGAAUUUCAGUACUAUUAUUAUUCAUAUUAUUAAUAUAUUAUUUUGUAAUUUAUAAUAAUAUAAAUAUGUCAUUAUUAUUAUUAAUAAUAAUAAUUCAUUAAAAUUAUUAGUUUUUUAAAAAGGUUGAAGCCCACUUUGAAAAUAUUACAAAUUUGUUUACUGUCUUGACAUUUCUAUUAUUGGUGUGUCAUUUUUUAUCCUGACAACUGUUCAUAGAAGUGACAAAUAUUUUUUCAUAUUUUUAAAACUAGUAAAUGUUUAAAUUUAUAAACCAAAUUGAAAAUUGACAUCGACGCUGAGUUACGAGGCAGACAAUAAAUUUAUUCGUUACUUCUGAGAGGCAAUACAGACUUAGCUUUUAGACUUAAGAAAAUGGGGGAAGGUGUACAUAAAAGAAGUUCUUCAAAUCAGCAAGAUCAAAUUGAAAAGCAACUUCCAGUUUCAGAAUGAAAAAACUUGUGCUUUUGUAUGUCAUUUCAAUGGCAAUGAUGGGAUUCGGAAAACCAUGCAAAUAUUGGUGCAAAACGGACAACUGGGAAUAUUACUGUUGUCCAAAGAAUGAUGAAAAGCCAAAAGAAGAAAAUUCUAUGACAUCAAUGAUGGGAAUUUUAAUACCGCAUUUGUGGUUCGCUCUUGGAUUUCCGAAAAUUUAUCAUCAUGCACAAAUUCCUUGGGAGGAAAAGUCAGAACAUGUGAAAAAAUGUCCACCUGUGAGGCACGCUUGUCCAAGGAGCAACGAUUGGUGGUAUGAUGCUCCAAUUUCUUGUUAUAAUGACGAUGAAUGCAUUUCUUCCGCGAAGUGUUGUUUCGACAUUUGUCUUAAUCAUAAAACUUGCAAGCCUGCAGUUUAGUUAUACUUAUUCAAUAGUAUAGUCAUAUUUUUAGUUUAAAUAUUAAUUUAUUUAUUUAUAAAUAAAUGAAGAAAAUGUACAAUAAGUCUAUUAUUUAGUAAAAUAAUAGUUUAGAAUUUUUUUUCUAAUAGAUAAUAAAAUAGAGGAAAUAAUUUCUGUUGUAAAUAUCGCUUGAAAAUAAUUUUUAAUUUUAAAAUAU